AUUUUCUCAUUAAAGUUUCAAUUUUUUUUGUACCUGAGUUUGGGUUUUUGCUCUACAUUGAAAGAUGAGAAGCAAUCUGGAGAACAACAGCCCAAAUACCCACAUCCCAAUCCUCAAGUUCUUGGAUUGCUCUCUGAGGCUUUCUGUGGUUCCUCUUAGUGUUGCAACAAUAUGGAUAACUGUGACUAAUGACCAGGAAAACAGUACCUAUGGAACCAUAAAGUUCAGCAAUCUUUUGGGACUCAAGUAUAUGGUGUUCAUUUCUGCCAUAUGUGCCGGUUAUGCUUUUGUCGCAGUUGUGGCUUCAUGGUUCAAAUGCUUAGUUUCCAAAGCUUGGAUUUUCUUUGUCUCAGAUCAGGUUUUCCCUCAACAAAACUUCCUAAUGUUCCUUUCUUAACCCGAUAGGAUCUUGUCCAUAGAUUGGCCUAAUUUCUAAAAUAGUUUCUUGCCUGAAAUUAGGCCAAAUAUGUCUAAAAAUAAAAUUAUAGUUUUUGG